AUGGUUCUCUUUUCCGAUAUUGUAAGAACAGUUUUUCUUUCAAAUCUUCAAGAUGAUACAUCAUCUGAACUAAAAGAAGAUUUUGAAUUAUCAAAAAUUAUUCCUGGUAAAGCAGCACGUAAUCAUUUAGAAUUACCUAACUUUGUAUCAACACACCAACCCGAAACGAAUAUUACUGAGAAUUCCGAACCAUUAGACUUUUUCUCUAUUGCCGCGCAAUAUUUAUCUCAAUCCAAUAACAUAUUUAGUAAUAAUUAUAACGAUGAUAAUAGAAAAAAUCGAAGAAAUUCACUUCGGAGUUUUUUUACCCAAGCAAAUGAAUAUGACGAUGAUGAUGUAUUUUUUCUAAAUGAAAUAAUCCCAUCGCGAUCACAUCCAUGUGUUUCUUCGAAUGAGAAUGAGAGUGAGAGUAUUGGAUCUUUAUUCUUUGGUCGAAGACGUUCUGAAAUGCGUGUUCGAACUUCUGGACAAUUUGAUUUCCCUGCGAAUCAAUUUAUGCAGGACAACGAAUUUUUUGAAGAAACGGGUUUUAAAUCACGCUCGGAAAUUUUUAUGUUGAAUUGA